AUUUGCAAAUUGCAAGAGAGAAAAAGGAAAAACAAAGUAACAAACCCAAAAAGAAAAAGGAUCGAUAGGAAGAAAAAAAAAAAAAGGAGGGGAUUGUAAAUGUGGCUCUUCGAGAUAAAGAGAGGACCAAAACAAACUCAAAACAUACCCUAGAUUUCUUCUUUCACAAAAAGAAACCCCUGCAAAAGAAUUUCCUUUUUUUCUUCAAAUUUUGAUAGUUGGAUCCAAAGGGUUCCCAUUGAAGACACAAACUCUGUGCUUUGAAGGAUCGUGCCAAAUUAAAAGAGUAUUUUUGGAAGAGAAACGAAAAUCUUGAGGGAUCUUGUUUGUAGUUUUGAGAUCUUUGUGAUUGAUUCUUGUUGAGGGUAAUAACAAAAAAGAGGGUUAAAGAUGAUGUCAAGGUCGUAUACUAAUCUUUUAGAUCUAGCGUCUGGUAAUUUCCCGGUAAUGGGUCAAACUCGUGAAAAGAAACGGCUGCCACGGGUAAUGACCGUUCCCGGGGUUAUUUCAGAGCUUGAUGAUGAUCAGGCUAAUAGUGUGACCUCUGAUGUACCGUCCUCGGUUAUUCAGGACAGAAUUAUUAUUGUAGCUAAUCAACUCCCAGUUAAAGCUAAGCGUAGACCUGAUAAUAAAGGGUGGAGUUUUAGUUGGGAUGAUGAUUCGUUGUUAUUACAAUUAAAAGAUGGUUUGCCUGAAGAAAUGGAGGUUUUGUAUGUUGGUUCUUUAAAAGUUGAUGUUGAUCCCAAUGAACAGGAUGACGUUUCACAGCUUUUGUUGGAUAGGUUUAAGUGUGUCCCUGCAUUUCUGCCACCUGACAUUUUGACAAAGUUCUAUCAUGGUUUCUGUAAACAGCAUCUGUGGCCGCUUUUCCAUUAUAUGCUUCCAUUUUCAGCAAAUCAUGGAGGCAGGUUUGAUAGGUCUUUGUGGGAGGCCUAUGUUGCUGCAAAUAAGAUUUUUUCUCAAAGGGUGAUUGAGGUUAUAAACCCAGAAGAUGAUUAUGUUUGGAUCCAUGACUAUCAUUUGAUGGUGCUGCCUACAUUCUUGAGAAGGAGGUUUAUUAGAUUGAGAAUGGGGUUUUUUCUACAUAGUCCAUUCCCUUCAUCUGAGAUAUAUAGGACUUUGCCUGUGAGGGAAGAGAUCCUCAAGGCACUCUUGAAUUCAGACCUCAUUGGUUUUCAUACUUUUGAUUAUGCUCGGCAUUUUCUGUCUUGUUGUAGUCGAAUGUUAGGUUUAGAGUAUCAGUCAAAGAGGGGUUAUAUUGGACUGGAGUACUAUGGAAGGACAAUUGGGAUAAAGAUCAUGCCUGUUGGGAUCCACAUGGCGCAGAUCGAGUCUGUAUUGAGACUUGCUGAUAGGGAGUGGAGAGUAGGAGAGCUUAAACAACAGUUUGAAGGAAAGACUGUAUUGCUUGGUGUUGAUGACAUGGAUGUCUUUAAAGGUGUUAACUUGAAGCUGUUGGCAAUGGAGCAGAUGCUGAAACAGCACCCGAAGUGGCAGGGAAGAGCAGUUCUGGUACAGAUCACAAACCCAGCUAGGGGAAGAGGAAAAGAUCUUGAGGAGAUACAGGCUGAAAUACAGGCCAGCUGCAAGAGAAUCAAUGAGACUUUUGGACAACCUGGAUAUGAACCUGUUAUCUUCAUUGAUAGGCCAAUAUCCCUCAGUGAAAGGUUGGCAUACUACACUAUGGCUGAGUGCGUUGUAGUCACAGCUGUGAGGGAUGGGAUGAAUCUUACUCCUUACGAGUACAUUGUGUGCCGGCAAGGAGUAUCUGAAUCAGAGUCUUCCUCAGAAUCAAAUGGGCCCAAGAAGAGCAUGCUAGUGGUAUCAGAGUUCAUUGGUUGCUCUCCUUCACUCAGUGGCGCAAUUCGGGUAAAUCCUUGGAAUAUUGAAGCAACUGCCGAGGCAAUGAAUGAGGCAAUCUCUAUGGCUGAUGCUGAGCAGCAAUUGCGCCAUGAGAAGCAUUAUAAGUAUGUUAGCUCACAUGAUGUGGCAUUCUGGUCUCGAAGCUUCUUCCAGGAUAUGGAAAGGACAUGUAAAGACCACUUCAGAAGACGUUGUUGGGGAAUUGGUUUGAGCUUUGGAUUCAGAGUUGUAGCUCUUGAUCCUAACUUCAGAAAGUUGUCAAUUGAUCACAUUUUAUCUGUGUAUCAAAGGUCCAAAAAUAGGGCUAUACUAUUGGACUAUGAUGGAACAGUAAUGCCUCAAACAUCACAUAACAAGACCCCAAGUGCAGAGGUUAUCUCAAUCAUAAACACACUCUCUGGUGAUAUCAAGAAUACAGUCUUUGUUGUAAGUGGAAGAGGAAGAGAAAGUUUAGGCAAGUGGUUUUCACCAUGUAAAAAACUUGGAAUUGCAGCUGAACAUGGUUAUUUCAUGAGGUGGUCUGGUAAAGACAGUUGGGAAGUUUGUGGGCAGAAUAGUGAAUUUGGGUGGAAGGAAAUAGCUGAGCCUGUUAUGAAAUUGUAUACAGAGGCCACUGAUGGCUCCUCUAUUGAAUACAAGGAGAGUGCCUUGGUCUGGCACCAUCGAGAUGCAGACCUAGUUUUUGGAUCUAGCCAGGCGAAGGAGAUGUUAGAGCAUCUUGAGAGUGUAUUAGCGAAUGAACCAGUGGCAGUGAAAAGUGGCCAGUUUAUCGUUGAAGUGAAACCACAGGGAGUCAGUAAAGGUUUGGUUGCUGAAAAGGUCUUCACAUCCAUGGCUGAGAGUGGAAGGUCGGCUGAUUUUGUUCUCUGCAUUGGCGAUGACAGAUCUGAUGAGGAAAUGUUUGAGAUAAUCAGUAGUGCAAUUUCCAGUGGUGUCCUCUCCUCUAAUACGUCUGUUUUUGCCUGCACAGUCUGUCAGAAACCUAGCAAAGCCAAGUAUUAUUUGGAUGACCCAACUGAGGUUGUAAACAUGCUCGAAGCUCUUGCAGGAGCGUCAGACCCUGAAUUCUUCACAGAUACUGGAUCAGAAGGCUCCCUUUGAAAUAUCUUCCAUGUCUUUAUAUCAAAAUUUGGGCCUGUUAUCCUUUUGGCUAGUUGAGAAGAAUGCCAUGCCUGACCUGUUGUGAAGGUAGAUAUCAUUUUCUGCUUGGUUUGGAAGUUGUCUGUUGAAAAGGACAUUUUGUGGCCUCCUGUCUGGUUAUUUGGUCAUUGAGACGUAGAUGUGGAGAAUUUUUUUCACAUGAACUCUGUAAAGGAAGGGUUAAAGAGGACCUGCCGGUUGAUUCAUGGAGACCGACUUGGAAUUGAAAGAAAUCUAUCAAAUAACUCUUACCAUCACCUGCAUGAACAUAACAUCCUUCACAUAUAUGAUGGUGUGUAUUCAAUUUAUUGCAGUACAGCCAGAUAAGAAUAUCAUUAUUUUCGCAAGGAUCAACUUCAUCUGGUGGUGAUAACACUAGCAGCUGGUGUCGGUUGAAAAGUCAUCCUGUUGAAUGAACAUAUUCGAAUGUCAUUGUUUCACCUUUUUUUUUUCUUUCUUUCCAUUGGAUCCAUUUCUUUUCCGUUAUUGAAUCUGUAAAUUUUAUAGAAAAUAUUGCAACUAGUUUUUGUAUGCUUACAUUCAAUUGGAAACUGUUGGACAAUGGCUGGAAAAAUCUACUUUUUGUUA